AUAAACCCAUUGAUAUUUCUUACGUGCGUUUCCCAAACAUGCUCGUAAGGAGUAGGCUAAUCUAUGCACUUUCAAGAGCUAAGAAUUUUCAAGAGGCACUUCAGCUAAGAUGUCUUUGGGAACGGCAAGUUAAACUAAGAUUUGUUGUAUGAUGGAUUCUACGAUCAAUUUAGGCUUACGACGCUUUGGGGAAAUGCAGCCCUGAUUGGUUGUUUCUGUCAGUUGAUGGUUGGAUAUAAUGUGGAUCGUGGUACUCUCUCUUCUUCACUUGGCUCUUCUUCUGCUGGCCCUCCUCAUUUGGCCUUGGCCAGGAGUAAUGCCUUGUUUCCUUCUUGUUCUCUUUACAAUUGAUAUUAGUCAUGGUAGAAAAAGUGUCAAACCUUAAUUUUGUAUAAUGUUGUGGGUGACAUUGUUAGACCUUGUGACUGGUUUAAGGAUAGUCAGCUUAGUGGAAGCGUUUUCCUGCAGAUCAAGAGGUUGCAGGAUAAAAUUCUUCCUGUAUGUUGCUUUGGAAAAAAGUUUGUGCUAAAAGAUUUUUAUUCAUUUGCUAUGUUAUUACAUUUAAUCUUCAUUAACUUCAGUUUGGGCAUUCUUGUCCUGCUUUAACAAUUGAGCAAGUGAGAGAAACAAUUCCAGCAAACGUGGUUACUAUUAUUACACAUUCAAGUUAACCCAUCUUGAAUCAGUCCAAGAGGCCAGUAUGAAAAACCCCACACCAUAACCUCACAUUCACUAUUCAUGCCCAAAAUGUUGGAUUAAUUGGGUAAUAUUGGUCAAUAGUUUCAAUAAUGAGUCAACUAAUUCCUCGUGACGCAUGUAUAAUGAAGAGGUUGUUAUUAGUUAAUACAUCAGAUAGAUAGGAACAAGUUACGCAUGAGGAUAUCCUAUGAGGAUAACCUCGACUAUAAAUGCCCAGCGCAUCACUAAACAUUCCAAAUGCACCUUCAUCAUCUCUGGCUACAGUGUCCUUCUCUGGUUAAUUAAAAGAAAAAAAAUGUUUUCUUUAACAAAAACGUCACAUUUCGCCUUAAUGAUAACAUGGCUACUGAUAAAUGCAACUGCUAGCCCGGUCCCGACUCCAGUCUCCGAGGUCCCUUCAGAAGAAACGUCUGGAGACGAGCUGAAUGUGCCGACUUCCUGCACUUUCAGCGCGUCGAGUAAUUGGGAGAGCAAGAUAAAGGUUCUAAUUCAUGAAGUCACGGAACUUCAAGGACAGAAGAUCAAAGAACACAAGUUUAAUGCUUCAAUAACGGACUCCCUUAAAUACUACAUGCUGUCCACACCAAAGGCAUGGUGUUUGAACAACCACCAAAGCAAAGAGACUUGUCAGGAGAAGCUGUCCGAAGGCCUAACAGAAUACAUGGUGUUGCUCCAGCAUGCAGAGACAGAGUCCAACAGCUCAGAAAUGGUCUUUUCUAUCAUAAACCAUACCAAGGACUUGCUACACCUCCUUCAACACAAGAGGAAGGAUUCCAAGGUCAUAGAAUUAAACAUGAAGGACCAAGACAAGCUGCUGAAGGAGCUGUCCCGUGGCACAGAGUGGCAGAAGAAGAUAACAGAACUAGUGAUCCUGCGUGACUUACGGGCAUUCUUGGCUGACACCAAGAGGGCUCUGUGUAGGUUAGAGCGGCGCAGCAAGAAGAAUACUUCUCUGGAACAGAUGUGACCUGGGUAUUGGUGCCUUAGACAGAACUGUGCUUUUUUACUUCAAGUGUAUCUACAUUUCUGAAGACAUCCAUUUUUACUUAGUACAUUGGUCUAUUUAUUGUUUUUGUGAUUUAUAGUUUAAACUGACUUACAUUCACUGCAGUUGAAUCCUACGUUAUAGUAGUUCAGAUUUGGGCAAUACUUGAAUAAGGAAUGUAUAAGUUAUACAAGAAUAAUUUAUUGUGGAAGCACAUAUUUAUUUAUGCAUAUUGUAUUGGUUAUAGAAAAUUAUCUAAAACUUAUUUUGUUGCAGUACAAGUCAAAAUAUAUUUAUUUCAAAUGCAGUUACUAGUGUACCAGUUACUCGUCUUUUAUAGAUUUUAUAUUUAAGUCAUAUUUAUACCCAAAUAGUGUUAAUUUUAAAAAAUGCAUACGUUUUCGUAAUUUAUUUGUAAAUUGACAUUUUAUUAUUGAACGCAUUUGAGCAACUCAUAUUUGCAUUGAGGAAUAUUAAAAGUGAGAAGAAUACAAAACACCUUGUGUGCUUGUUUACACUAUUAGUUUAUUCUGAACAAGUAUUUUCUAGGCUCAACAGGAGUUUAAUUGUUGCAGUAGUGAUUGAAAUUGAAAAAAAAAUGAACAAAUUCUUACACUGAAGGUAUAUAUAUAUAAAAAAGAAA